AUGGAUAACAACAGUAGUUCAACAGAAGCUUUUCGCAAAUAUCUGGCUUCCCCUUCUAUACGAAUUACUAUGUGUCCAGCAAAGUUCGCUGUGAGGGUCUCUAAGGUUGAAGAACGGGAACAAAGACCGCAUAUUGAUGAGCUAUUGAAUAACUAUGGUUAUCCAAUCUUUUUUGUUUGUACACACUAUAAAGGCGCUUCACCUACCAUUACUAAUUAUCCCAAGAACGGUACAAUUGGGGAGAAAUAUCAUCGAUUGGGUUUGAGCCUUGAUGAAAUGCUGAGAGAUUGUGUUCUAUACAUUCAAAUUUGCAUAGAAGUUGCCAGAACUGAUGAGGAGAAGGAGCAUUGGUCACAACGGGACGAUUAUGAAGUUCUUGACACAAGUGAAGAGAACCCUCUCAUCUUUUACGACGAGGAGACUCAGAGUUGGUAUUGUAACGAUUAUUCUGAUUGUACGAAGCGUUACUUCGUUUAUUUGGUUUUUGGUCCAGGCCUACAACCAACAUAUGAAGGUUUUUGGGACACUGUGAUGAAAACAAAUUAG